CCGAGCCCGACGUUGCUUAACUUCAGUGAUCGGACGAGAACUGGUGCUUUCAACAUGGUAUGGCCCAAAAUGGAGUCUACAGUGCAAAAGGGCGUCUACAGCACUUGGUGUUCCCAGGCGGUCACCCAUCCAAGUACUAACCGAGCCCGACGUUGCUUAACUUCAGUGAUCGGACGAGAACUGGUGCUUUCAACGUGGUAUGGCCGUAGACAUUAUUUAGAA